AUGGCAGUACAGCUAGUUGUGUCAAGUAAUGGCCGCAAGGCUAGUUGUGUGAUCGCAAGUGACGUGUGCGUGGGCCUGUCAAGCGAUCCAAUGGUGAACCGGAUUAUUCCGACGAUACAAGCUAACGACCGUAGUACAUACCAUUACAACUGUCAUAGUAGCACACUGAGCGAGCAACUUUGCCUUCCAGGCCAUGUGUAUCGUACACCCGUAGACAAAACACUCAUGAUUGUCCAUCAGGGCGACUGCGUCGUUUAUUACGUGGACCCUUUCGUCCUCCGCCUUACCAACUGCUUCUAG